AUGCCAAAAGGCCCUUCUGCAACUUGGGGGGUACCCAGAACACUCAAGGACACCAAUGGCAACACUAUUCUUGGGCCUGAUGGAAAGCUGUUGAAAGAAAAAAUUCCUAUGGCUGAAGCGAGGCUCCCAAAUGGCAAUCCCCAGUCACUGUAUUUUCCUGACGGUCAUCCAAAGGCCGGAUUUUUCAAGGGCAUGGCCCAGAUUUUAGUCGAACGUGGCUAUGCUAAUGCCUCCAAGCUCCAUGCUAAAUGCAAGGAUUUCAAGUGUCCGACUCUGACUAAUGGCGAGAAAGCUUGUUGCUGUCAUCGUCUGAUGUAUGUUCAACCAGACUUUGUUAAUGUGGAGUCGUGUCUUGAAACCUUGUGUCGCACGCGAAAUUUUGAUGUCAUCUUCUUGCUGAAAUUUCAUUGUGAACUUAAUUUUAUAGAACAGUGUUGGGGCUUCGCGAAAUGGUUGUGUCGAAUGAAGGACCGAUCUUCAUCAGAAGAAGUUCUCGAACAGAAUAUCAUUGAAUCACUUGAUGCUGUCCCAAUGGAGUCAAUGCAAUGUUUCGCUAUGAGAUCUGCAAGAUUUAUCGAUGCAUAUCAGAAAGGCUUAAAUGGUACGCAAGCUGCAUGGGCAAUCAAAAAAUACCGUGGUCAUCGUGUUCUCCCGCAAUCCAUUAUGGAGGAACUUGAUUGUCUGAAUACACUCCCAACAACACAUUAA